UACAAUGGAAGGAAGUGAAAUUAGGCUUAUAGGAUCAGUUUCUCAUUGAUCUUUAGUGCUUCUGAAUUCAAUUUGGUGCAAAACAACGCCAAUACUGUCUCCAUUCAUUUUAUUUCUUCAUACCCUUUUAGAGCAUUUGUUGUCUGCUGACCACCUAUAUUUAUCUUAGAUCAACGUUCUCUGGUUCCUUAUUUGUUAUACGGUCCCAGUUCCUGACUGUUACCAAUUAGCAAACCGUCCCGACACAGGAAAAUAACAUUGUAAACUAGCUAUGGAUAUAAGUAAUGAGGCCAGUGUUGAUUCAUUUUCGAUUGGUCCGUCGACAAUAAUUGGUCGAACGAUUGCUUUUAGGAUCCUGUUGUGUAAGUCAAUGUCACAUUUCAGGCAUCAAAUAUUUCGUGUGUUGUUGGGUUUGUUCUAUAGAUGUAAGAACUUCUUUUCGCCCAUUCUAUCAUGGUUGCAUCCCCGAAAUCCACAAGGGAUAUUGGCAUUGGUGACAAUUAUUGCAUUUUUGUUGAAACGAUACACAAAUGUAAAAUUGAGGGCUGAAAUGGCUUAUAGAAGGAAAUUUUGGAGAAAUAUGAUGAGAACUGCAUUGACAUAUGAAGAGUGGGCUCAUGCUGCUAAGAUGCUUGAUAAAGAGACCCCAAAGAUGAACGAAUCGAAUUUUUAUGACGUGGAACUUGUGAGAAACAAGCUUCAGGAGCUCCGACAUCGUCGCGAAGACGGAUCUUUGAGAGAUAUAAUCUUUUGCAUGAGAGCUGAUCUUAUACGAAAUCUUGGUAAUAUGUGUAAUCCUGAGCUUCAUAAAGGAAGGCUUCAGGUGCCUAAACUCAUCAAGGAUUAUAUUGAUGAGGUCUCGACUCAGUUGAGAAUGGUUUGUGAAUCUGAUUCGGAGGAGCUCUCCUUGGAAGAGAAGCUUGCUUUUAUGCAUGAAACGAGGCAUGCAUUUGGUAGAACUGCUUUGCUUUUAAGUGGGGGUGCUUCUCUUGGAGCAUUUCAUACUGGUGUCGUUAAAACACUAGUAGAGCAUAAGCUUUUACCCAGGAUAAUUGCUGGUUCUAGUGUAGGAUCCAUUAUGUGUGCAAUUGUUGGCACCAGGUCAUGGCCUGAGCUGCAAAGUUUCUUUGAAGACUCUUGGUGUUCGUUGCAGUUUUAUGAUCAGCUGGGUGGAAUAUUUGCUGUUGUUAGGAGGGUCAUGAGACAAGGGGCUGUUCAUGAGAUCAGGCACAUGCAAUGGAUGUUAAGACACCUCACAAGUAAUCUUACAUUUCAAGAAGCUUAUGAUAUGACUGGACGGGUUCUUGGGAUAACUGUUUGCUCUCCGAGGAAGCAUGAGCCGCCUAGAUGCCUUAAUUACUUGACUUCACCUCAUGUUGUCAUAUGGAGUGCUGUAAGCGCUUCUUGUGCCUUUCCCGGCCUUUUUGAAGCCCAGGAGCUAAUGGCAAAAGAUAGGAGUGGAGAACUUGUUCCUUAUCAUCCUCCCUUUAAUUUGGAUCCUGAAGAGGGUUCUAGUACAACUGCUCGUCGAUGGAGGGAUGGAAGCUUGGAGGUUGAUUUACCUAUGAUGCAACUGAAGGAGCUGUUCAAUGUCAAUCAUUUCAUUGUGAGUCAGGCAAACCCUCAUAUCAUACCAUGGUUGAGGAUGAAGGAGUUUGCUAGAGCCAUUGGCGGUAACUUUGCAGCAAAGCUUGCUCACCUAAUUGAGAUGGAGGUUAAACAUAGAUGUAGUCAAAUACUCAAACUGGGCUUUCGGAUGGGGGGACUUGCCAAGAUAUUUGCUCAAGAUUGGGAAGGUGAUGUUACUGUUGUUAUGCCAGCCACAGUUUAUCAGUACUUGAAAAUUCUUCAAAACCCUACUCUUGUGGAGCUUCAAAAGGCAGCCAACCAAGGGAGAAGAUGCACUUGGGAGAAGCUUUCAGCUAUGAAAGCAAACUGUGGCAUUGAGCUUGUCCUUGACGAGUGUGUUUCAAUUCUUAAUCACAUGCGUAGGCUUAAACGGAGCGCUGAUAGAGCUGCCUCUGCUUCUGCUUCUGCUUCAUCUCAUGGACCCACCAACACAGCCAGAUUCAGUGCUUCAAAGAGAAUUCCUUCUUGGAAUUGCAUUGCUAGAGAAAACUCAACAGGCUCCCUUGAAGAUGAUCUCUUAGAACCUUUGCAUCAUGGAGUAGGGAGUUCGUCAGGAAUGCCACCUGGCAGGAGUUUGCGAGCCCAUCGCAGUGCCUAUGAUGGAAGUGAUAGUGAGUCUGAAAGUGUAAACGUACAUUCUUGGACAAGGUCCGGUGGCCCAUUGAUGAGGACAACUUCUGCAAAUUUGUUAAUUGAUUUUCUUCAAAAUCUAGAUGCCGAAGCUGAAGCGAACAAAGGUCUGAUGACUCAUCCUAGUUCUCCUGGAUUUCAGUUGGGUGGUGGGGAUUCUUUUAGUCACAGCCCAAGGAUGACAACAACAGAUAGAGGUUCAGAACACGAGUUCGGUCAUAGGGAUUUCGGGAAUACACCACCGAUUAAUGGUUCAAGCAUUAUGGUCUAUGAAGGUGAUCUCCUGCAGCCUGAAAGGUUCCUUAACGGACUUAUGCUCAAUGUCGUAAAGAAAGAAGAUUUGGCACCCUCAAGUAGAAGCCCCAGUUCAGAAAAUUGUAGCACUGAAGUAGCUGAAUGUCUGCAACUGGAUUGUCCAGAGAAGGAUGACAGCUCGGUAUCAGAAUAUGGCGACGAUGAUGCUAAUGCCGGUAACACCCUGAAUCAAACAGUUGCUACUGAAAAUCCCAAUAGUAUCCAUGAUGGUGAUAACCAAGGUGAUGUUGUAGAUGGUUAACUUCAAGACCAAUCUUUAUAUUUGCCAACUGGCGUAUUUAAUGUCAAGCUGAAGUUUUUGCUAAUGUGUGGGAUAUCCAACUAAAAAAAGGCGCAAAAU